AUGGAAAAUGUUGAAUCAGCUCAAAUUGUUCUUCGAUGUUUAGCAUUAAAUGACAAUGUUCAAUUUUUCAAAGAUCAACUUGGAUUUCGUGUCGAUAUGAUCCGUCCUGCUGAUGAUCCAUCAGAAAUAAUUCUUUCAGGUUAUGGAAUGCAAAUCAAACUAGAACGACAUCAGGAACAAACAUCAGCCCUUCUUCAAUUAGUGUUAAAAGAAGAUUCAGAUAAAAUGAAUGAUCUUAUCUCUCCGAAUGGAACAAAAAUUCAAUUCAUCAAAGUUUCAUCAAAACUUUCGCUUCCGCCGAUUAAUCAAUCGUUUGUAUUAACUCGAAUGACGAAUGAUGAUGCUCAAUGGGUAACUGGGCGUGCUGGCAUGAAAUAUCGCGAUUUGAUUCCAAAUCGUCAAGGUGGACGAUUCAUUGCUUCGCACAUCCGCAUUGACGAAGGUGGACCGGUGAACGAUCAUGUUCAUUAUCAUCAAAUACAUUUUCAAAUUAUCUAUGUUUACAAAGGUUGGCUACGUCUUGUCUACGAAGAUCAAGGUCAACCGUUCGUACUUCAUGCUGGUCAGUGUGUUCUGCAACCACCGUUGAUUCGACAUCGUGUUUUAGAAAGUUCACCCGGUCUCGAAGUAGUCGAAAUAGCUUGUCCAGCUGUGCAUGAAACUUGCAUUGAUCAUCAACUACAUCUUCCAACGUAUGUCGAACGGCCGGAUCGAGAUUUUCAAGGACAAUAUUUUAUUAAAUUCGAUGGAUUGCAAGAGUUCAGCGAAUGGCAACCAUGGCGAUUGCCUGGCUUUGAAUAUUGUGACACAGGCAUUAGUAACGCAACGAAAAACUUAGGCUCAGUCAAAAUUAUUCGCAGUAGAGGAAACCUUCAAUCCCAAUUAUGCAAGCAUCAAGCAGAAUUUGUGUUAAUAUUUAUUCUUACUGGUCAACUUUCAUUUCGAGUUGAUGAACAAACAAUUCACAAAGUAUCAGAUGGUGAUGCAUUUGUGUUACCCGAAAGUCAUUCGAAAUCAAAAGAAGAAUCACAAAUCGAAAGAAAACAGAAGGUAUGCAAUGGUCGUGCCCAACAGAUCGACGAGAAACAAAGAAAACUGGAUGGUGAUAUACUGAACGAGAUUAUUGAUCAAAAGACCGCUGUGAGAGAAGAUGAAGAAAUCCAACAAUUACUUAUAGUACAAUCCAAUGAACAAGUACAGAUAAAUUGGUUAAAAGACGAAAAAGAUAAAGAAAUACAAAACUUGAGAAAAGUUCAAGAUGCUUUAAUCCAAAGGUUUUAA